AUGCUGCGCUCUCACGUCACGAAGGUCGCUAAAUCGCGUCGUUUUGUUCGUCGCUUCACAUCCGAAGCAAAGGAAGAAAUUGAAAAGAAAGUGGCGCCUACGCCUGCUCCUGUUGUUGUGAAGAAAGGCGGCAGUUCAUUCAUGCAGCGUAUCGUGUCAUUCGGUGUUGGUGUGGCCGUGGGCGCUGGUUACGGUCUCUACGUGCUGACGGAGGAUGUGGAGCACUCUACGCAGCAGAUUCAGAGCUCAGUGGGAAGCCUCAGGGAUGAGAUGAUUGCGCAGAACACGGCACUCACGAAGCGGAUCGAAGCACUGGAGAAGAAGAACUGA